UUUAGAAGAAAUGUAGUGGUCAAAAUAAAUCACCUGUAUAUCAUAUAUAAAUAAUAAUUUUGUUAUUUUUAAGAUUGACCAUUUUACUGUGCUAUUAAUAUUUCUAUUUUUCGUAUUAUGACUUUUUUGUACAAUGUAUUUUAUUUCUGUCGUUUUUUUAUCAAGUACUUUUUUCUGUAGAUUUAUUUUUGUAGCUUUUUUCCUGGGAUUUACAAUUGCCACAUAAAAGUCAACACAGUAUUAAUUGUUUAAUUUCUAUUGAUUUUUAAUUAAUUGAUUAAUUUGGUAAUCAAAAAGUAAAAACGUAAAGAUAAAUUUAUUUAAUUAUUAAAUUUGUAUAGGAUUUUGACUGUUUUGUGACUUAAUCAAGAAGAUGGAGCAAACAAAAGAUUCUUAAUAUGUGAUGAUUGACUUAGUAUGAUGAACAGAAACAUUGCUACAUAUUAAGCAGGUUAUUUAAAUUAUAAGAUAAGUGUAGAAUAUAUUUUGAAGGAAUUAUUACUGAGUGGCACAAAUAGAAGAGGAUUAUUUUAAAAUUGUUUUAAAGUUUAACUCUCCUUAGAAAGUGAGGUAAUUUACACAGCUACAUAGAAUGUGGGAGUUUAUCUAAUGAGAAAUUCAUCUUCAAAUCUGAAUACACUACUUGGCACUAUUACUGAAGAUUUAUCCAAAUCAUUAUUACAACUGGCAAGUAAUGGUGGAGAACAAAGGCGAUUAUCUUUCGGAGUAGCUUUGUUUCAUGACCCUAGAAUUAUAAUACUAGAUGAACCAACGGUAGGAAUAGAUCCUGUUAUCAGGGAGAGUAUCUGGGAAUAUCUUGUCCAAUUAUCUGCAGAAGGCAAAACUAUAGUUAUAACAACUCACUAUAUUGAAGAGGCUACAAAAGCAAAUUUGGUAGGUCUUAUGCGUAAUGGUAUCUUGAUUGGAGAAGAUUCGCCAUCAUCUUUAAUUAGAAAGCAGAAUGUUUCAACUUUAGAAGAAGCAUUUUUAUCUUUGUGUAACGAUCAAGAGAAAGAAAAAAAAUCAAUUGAUUUCUGCGAUGAAAAAAAUUUGGAACCACAGUCUACUACAGGUUUAACAAAAAAUCCAUUUUCUUGGAGAAGGUUUCGAGCACUUACUUAUAAAAAUGGAGCAUUUUUGUGCAAAGAUAUCUCGUUUCUAUUUUUUACUUUUAUUUUGCCAGUGGUUCAAACGAUGUUUUUUAAUUUAUGUAUUGGUCAUCACAUCCAAGACUUGAAUUUGGCGAUUAUCAAUAACGAGAUAAAUAAUUGUAGUACAUUCAACAACUAUAACACUUGUUUUUUAUAUAAUUCUAAUGAUACCAAGUUAAGUUGUAAAUUUAUAGAAAAUAUGUUAGGCUACAAUGAUAGAUUGAUGCUUUAUCCAAAUUUGAAUUCCGGGAUGGUAGCUCUGAAAGAUAAAAAAGUGAGAGGUGUAUUAUUUUUUUCCUCAAACUUCACAGAAUCAUUAAAAAAAAGAAUAUUAAGACGAGCCAACCGAUAUGAUGUUAAGUACAGCACAAUUCAAGUCUACAUAGAACCAAAUUACAUUUUGAGACAAAUAAUAAAAAACAAUGUUUACGAAGUUUUCGACAAAACUAUUAAAACAGCUGUUCAAGUGUGCAAUAAAAGUGCAAAAUCAGUUUCAUCUGCUCUCGUGAUUGAUAAUGUAGGAAAAGUUAAUAUUUCUGAAUUCAUUCACUCUUCGGCUCCAGGAUUCAUAGCACUAUUAGCAUUUUACUUUCCAAUGAUUUUGUCUACUGGGUUAUUGCUUACAGAAAAAGAUGAAGGGAUAAUGAGUCGCAUUAUGGCUGCAGGGGUAACAUUUAUGGAAUUGGUUUUUUCGGUAAUGUUUUUGAUAACUAUUGUUCACAUCAUUCAAUCAUUGAUUGCAAUGUCCAUCAUGUUUUUUGUUUUCGACAAUCCAAUAUUAAUGGAAAACUUUUGGUCAGUUGCCAUGAUUGUUAUGUUAACCGGAUAUCAGGGAAUGUUUGCAGGAAUACUUGCUGCUGCUUAUUCCAAUUCCUACACAAUGGCUACUCACAUUAAUAUGGGAACAAAUGUAUUGUUUACAUGUUUAUGUGGUUUAAUAUGGCCAAUGGAAGGAGCUCAUCCAGUUUUAAGAGCAUUUAAUACAUUUUUACCUCUAUCUAUUACAUCAGCAACCAUUAGUAAUUUGGCCCUUAGAGGAUGGCCUUAUAAUCAUCCAAUAGUUUUACGCGGUGCUAUUAUGACAUUUAUGUGGAUAGUUAUAUUUGCUAUUCCCAUAUUUUGUUUUAGUUCAUUAAAAAAAGAUAGGUGGGUUAAAAAAGCAUAGUAUUUUUUAAAUUUAUUUAAGCAUAAAUUUUUUUGUUACGAUCAUUAAUAUUGA